CGGUGAGGGGGCGGAGCAAGAGCCGAGCAGGAAGGAGAAAGGGGAAGAAGCCUGGGAGGAGAGGAAGCUCGCGCAGAAGAGGUGAGGGCCGGGACGCGAGCGGGUUCGGGAACCUUCUCUGAGGCUAUCACAGACAUUGGGUCAAGGAGUAAGCAGAGCAUUCAAGAAGAAAAGCAAGGAGAACAUCAUCAUGGCUUCAGUGUCUACUCAUGGAGACCAAGAGAAAGGGCCUCAGUUGCCACCACUGAGCAAGAAGAGUUUCUUGUUUUGUCCAAAAUCAAAACUGCACAUGCACAAAGGAGAGGCUGCCAAGAUUAUCCGAGAAUGUCAAGAAGAAAGCUUCUGGAAGAGAGCUCUGCCUUCUUCACUUGUAAGCAUGCUUAUUACCCAGGGAUUGGUCCACCAAGGUUAUUUAGCAGCUAAUCCAAGAUUUGGAUCAUUGCCUAAAGUUGCACUUGCGGGUAUCGUGGGAUUUGCCCUUGGAAAGGCCUCCUACAUAGGAGUGUGCCAGAGAAAAUUCCACUCCUUUGAAGAUCAGCUUCGUGGGGCUGGUUUUGGUCCACACCAUAACAGGUCUUCUCAGAGCCUUCUCUAUGUUAAUGGAUGAUUUCCCCUAGAGGACAUGAGCAUGAGGACUAUGGAGUUAACAGCACAGUCUCUCCUGGGAGAGUACUUGCUUUGAAAAUUAUUUCUUCCACUUCCUAACUGUAACCAUGGACAAGUUUCUUAAACUGUCAUCUUCAGUUUUCAUGUCUGUAUAAAAUGAUGAACACAGUCAUUCAUGUAGGACUAGAAAUGGUUAUUCGUGACAGUAAGUGCUAUUUCUACUCUAGUGUUGGGGACACAUUUCUCUAAAGACUCCUCACAUGUCCUAGAGGAUUCUAUUUGAGGAGCAGCAUAACACAGGGAAAACAGCACUGAGCUGGAAGUUAGGGCUCUGAGCUCUUUUCCUAAUCCUGUGGCUUUAAAAAGCUGUCCUCACUCAUCCUGUAGUGGUAGAUAGGGCCCUAAACGCUAUCUCUUCCUAAUGAGCCAUGUGUGGUCCAGAAAGGUGCACACACUUUUGCUGUAGUCAGAAAGGGACUCUGAUCCCAGCCCACUUGUUUUACAAACGCUUGGAGAGCCAUUAAUUCAUAUUUACAGACAACACCAGCUUCAGUCCAUCGUUGCAAAGCUGUAUUUUAGGGUCAGCUGGCUGAAGAGCACUUGACCACAGGAUUCUGGUGUGUGCAGGGAAAGUAGAAAAAAGCAAGCUAGCAUGGGCGAAAAUUUUGGUAACUGCUUCCUCUUCCUCUUCAGUUUCGGAAGUUAUGAACACAGGAUUGAAAUCUACAUUUUCUAGAUGAUCUCCAUUGCUCUGCAGUUUGUAUGCAGAAGGAAGUGGUUGAGUAAAUGGACUUUAAGCUCUGCAUUCUGUGGCUCCACUUCACCUGCACACUUCCUGCCAUAGCAGUCAGGCUCUGGGCCUGCAUUAGUAGCUGGUAACCAACCCUAAGCCCUGUGUGAAGGGCCUUUACCAGCAAUAACUCACAAAGUGACCUGAUUUUCUAAUGAAGGCAAAAGAGAGCAGGGCACCUAAUCAAGUUGAGGUUGAGGAGGGAAUGAAGGAAGGUGCAGCGAGGAGGACUUCUUAGAGAGGAUGGUGCUUGACUUGAAUCUUAGAAGACUGGUAGGAAUCACAGCAAGGUUGAAGAAGGAGAUUGCAGGCCAGGAGUGGCACAUAGACAGGAGGAAACCUGAUUUAUGAAAGGGAAUCAUAAAUACAUCCUAUAGCUGGAGCAUAAAGAGCUGUUAAGAAGUGGCAGAAGAUAAGCUGGAAGACUAGUGCCACAUGAAGAAUUUAUACUUCUUCUCACAGCAAUGGAGUCAACUAAGUAGUAAAAGGGUGAGAGAUGAUGUCUUAGUUACUUUCUCAUUGCUGAGAAAAUAUUCAGCAUACACAAGUUAAAGGAAGAGAGGUUUAUUUUAGUUCACAGUUCUUAGAGGUUUCAGUCCAUAGUUGGCUGGUUCCAAGGCAGGGCAGCAUGGCAGAGGAAAAACAGCUCAUGGCAUGGCAGGCAGGAGGCAGCUAGCCUUCUUCUUUCCUUUUUUAUUCUGUCGAGGCUACAAGCCUAUUGGUUGGUACCACCCACACCCAGAGUGGGUCUUCCUUCUUCAAUUAAUCCAUCAUCCAAAGCCAGAACUCUGCUAAACCAAUCUGUGGACUAAUCCACAAUUGCACACCCAUGAUCCAGCUGCUCCCCAAAGCCCCACCUAUGAGCACAUGAGGCUUUGGGGGAACAUCUAGAUGUAAGCCAUAACAGAUGGGUUCACUGUCCAUCUCUCUGGGGAUUUGCAGUAACAGCUCCUCCUCUUGCUGCCUUCAGAGUAACCCUUCCCACUUGGCCAGGCUGACCUUUCUGCCAUGCAGAACUCACCCUGCCACUGUCCUGCAUAAAUGUAGAACUCCUGUUGCAAAAUCUUCCUGCAGGCAGAUGCUCAGCAAGUGUUUCUGGAGUUGAAUUUGUAAGAAUCUAAAAUGUUAACCCUGGGGAGGGCCUCAAGGACAUCUGUUCCAUAAGUGUAAAUACUACGUUAGAACAAAGCUCUGUGUUUACCUUGGUAUUGUGUUAGAUCCUCAGGAAACUUACACAUAUUAGGCAGACUAUAAAACUGGGAAUUUUGGAUAUGCCAUUAAGAUUUUUACUUAAAAAAGUUUGUAUGGGGCAUAGUAUCAUACACCUGUAAUCCCAGCACUCAGGAAGGCUGAGGCAGAAGG